AUGAAGCCUGCCCUUAUUGACUCUGGCAUGGUCCACGAUAUCCAAGGUCUCAGAGUCAAUCGUCCGACGGAUGCCAUCAACCUUACCAAGAUGUCCAUCAGGACUUUGAGCCAGCCACGGGUAUGUGAAGGAACCAGACAGGUCGUGGGUACUGGAAGGGGGAAAAUGGCCAACACCUGUAUUAGAGGCGCUGCAGAAGAACAUACUACCAUCGUACCGAGAGACAAUGCCCUGGCCAUCUCCGCCAUCUGGCCUCGUCGAGUGGUUCUAGAUAUUGGUGUCUUUAUGAAGUCUCCCUGCGAACUUUCACUAGCCUGUUGCAAGCCCUGGCGUAGUUGGCAGCGCAAAACCCGGGGCCUCGUUUUCGUACGAGGAUGCGCGUUCGAGUCGCCGGAUUCUCGCAAGUUUUUCCAUUAG